UUUUCAGGUGUAGCAAUUUUUAUUAAAAAUUGUCAUGCAUGAUAAUGCAGUGACGCCAUGACUGCGAAAAACAUGGCGGAGGACCUGAAAGAAUCCUGUGAGACGGCUGAAAAUUUGACGAAUUCAGCCGAUAGCCGCGAUGAUGGCAGCAAUGAAAAUGGAGAGGUCAUCUUGGCUAAUGGUCAGGAGCAGGUCGCCACGCCCGCCGCUGGGCAGCAGCCGCAGGAGGGGGCCUCCAUGUGGAGCCUAACGAAGGGCUUCAUCAUACGCGCGCUCAUCAUCUACUUCAUCUCGAGCUACUUCCGCCGGCCGUCGCAGCCCGCCGGUCAGCAGGACGCGGCCGCGGGCGCGGGCGGCACCCGCCUCAGCUCAGCCAACAUGUUCAAGAAAGACAGCCCACUGGAUAUGUAUAUCUACAUAAAUGAGCAGGCAAAGUUCGACGAUUUCACAAAUCCUGAAGCGCUGUUCUGGGAACAGAAAGAUUUGAUAUACGGCGAUUGGAGCGAUGGGCAGUCGCACGACGGGAGUUUUGUUCGAAGUGGCCAGAUCACAGCGACGGAGGGUAUGAUGUCAAACGGUUCGAUAUAUAUGCACAUGUAUUUCGUGAAGGCUGGAAAGUCCCCAAAUCCAGCAAAGAAGGGCCAAUAUUCUAAACGCUUUACCUUUCAUAAAACCAACAUGCUGAAUAAAUACAAGAAGAAGCGCUAUCAGAAGACUCACAACCUGCUGACCGGUGUCAGUGAGGCGACUGACGAGGAGAGAGAGAAAGCAGAGAAGGGUGAGAUGGACAUUCUCUCUCACUGGCAUCCGAACUUGACGAUCAACCUGGUGGACGACCACACAGCCUGGGUGCAGGGCCACGUGCCCCAGCCCCUCGAAGAAUACAUUGAGUUUGAGCCCGUCUCUGGUAACUACUACCCCAUCAUCUACUUCAACGACUACUGGAACAUGCUGGGCGACUAUCAGCCCAUCAAUCACACCACGCCUGAGCUGAACCUGACGCUGACCUACAGUCCGAUCUCGCUCUUCAAGUGGCAGAUGUACGCGGCACAGUCGAUGCGAAACAAGUGGACGUCUAUGCUGGGCGAGGGCAUGAUGGAGGAAGCUGACGACACGGAUCAGGACACCUUGAAGCAAGCGAUGUUGGAGACAAAUCCAUAUCUGCUAGGUCUCACCGUCGUCAUCUCCAUCGUCCACAGUGUCUUCGAAUUCCUCGCUUUCAAGAACGAUAUACAGUUCUGGAACAGUAGGAAGUCGUUGGAGGGUCUGUCCGUUCGCUCGGUUUUCUUCAACGUGUUUCAGUCGCUGAUCGUGCUGCUCUACGUUCUGGACAAUGACACGAACACAGUCGUGCGCAUCAGUGUGUUCGUCGGACUCGGAAUCGAGAUCUGGAAGAUUCCGAAGGUCGUCAAUGUCAAGGUCGACUGGGAGAAUAAGCUGUUCGGCAUCAUUCCACGGGUUUGGACUGAAGACAAGGGAACGUAUGUAACAUCUUCCACCAAGCAAUACGAUGAGCUAGCUUUCAAGUAUCUGUCGUGGCUGCUGUUCCCGUUGCUAGGCGCCUACGCAAUCUACUCGCUGCUCUACCAGGAGCACAAGGGCUGGUACUCGUGGGUGCUGUCCAUGCUCUACGGCUACCUACUAACGUUCGGAUUCAUCAUGAUGACCCCGCAGCUGUUCAUCAACUAUAAGAUGAAGUCGAUCGCACUGCCAUGGCGCAUGCUCACCUACAAGGCCCUCAACACCUUCAUCGACGACAUCUUCGCAUUCGUCAUCAAGAUGCCGACGAUGUACCGCAUCGGCUGCUUCCGCGAUGAUAUCGUCUUCUUCAUCUUCCUCUACCAAAAGUACAUCUACCCGAUCGACCCGAGGCGCGUGAACGAGUUCGGCACGACGGGAGAGGACCACGGCGCCGCCGAACCGUCGCUGCCAAUAGGGGGCGCCGAUGCCGCGUCGGACGCCGCCGCUGCCAAGUCCGUCGACGAGAAGAAGAACGAUUAGAUGCGGGGGAGGACCGCGGAGAGAGCAGGCGACGUUGAGCAUGGUGCCGCGGUGCGGUACCUUCUCGAUUGAAAGGCGGCGAGGAGCGGGCGAGGUUUGGCGCGCACGAUUGUCGCUCGGCAAGCGAACGUGCUCGCGUGCGCGAAGUCUCGGCGAUCACGGCCGAGUGGCGGUAGGAGGCGGUCAGUCAUCGCAUGGGAGGCGUCGUGGCAUCACGCGUCACUCUGCUCCUCGUCGUGCUUCCCGCGCCACCUAGUUAUAGUGCAAUCGACACACGUAAACUGCGCGGCAGCCCAGGAAACUGCCCACACGAUUCGUCAUUGACUCAAUAAAUAAUUAUUUAGGAGCCGCGCGGGCUCGUUUGGCUCUACUCUCGCACGGGCAAAUGUCUCCACUCGUCGUGACUCUCUGUUCUCUGUGUUCACCGUAGAGCGCUGUGAUGUAUUUAUCCCCCUUCUUUCUCCCCCUGGUUCGUUGUAAAAUACUCGCGCAUCGAUGUGUUGUAGCUGAUGUUGCCGGCGGCCCGUGGACUGCGUUGCGGUGCUGAGCAUAGCCGUGGUGGGUUUGUCCCCCUUGGCUAGUCGUUCAAACGCCCGCGCCCCGGCUCGUGAGAUGUGCCGCGGCGUGCGGUUCCUAUGCAAUCAUGAACAAUUCCUCACCGACAACCGCGCGGUAUCUGGGAGCGGUGUUAGAGAAGAGACAGUUGGUGGCAGGCGGUUCUGUGAGUUCCAUGUGUAGUGAGUUGCAGCUGCAUUCGACGCAAAUGUGGGUCUUUUUAAUCUCGGCGAGUUGACCUAUGACCUCUACGCCGACUUUGUCAUUGGUGGGUUGCCGAAAAGUGGUUCGUCAAGCGCGAGACAGUGCUUUGGUUGAUUAACACGGGCGGUGAAAAUUGCGAGGGAUUGUUUGUAAUCGGUGCCAGUUGUUUCGAUUCCAGCGUUGUCUCCGACACAUUGUCCGCAUAUGCUUGGUGCAACCCUUUCUCCAUACACCACAGCCUGCAAUGCUCUGCCACACAGAUGAUCUGAAGUGGCUGGCUGGCUGUCUGCCUAUACGUUGUGUUGCGCGAAUUGUUGAUUUCAUCUCUGUUGGUAUUAAUUAUUAUUAUUUGAUGUGACUCGCGCACGUGUCACGUGACGGUGGCCGCAGCGCGCGUGCGGCCGUAGUUGUUGAUUUUUAGCAAUUUUCGUCAGAAUAUGAAUAAGUUUUACCCUGAAAUAUAAUAAAUUAUCUAUCUGUACUGACAGGAGUAAUAAAAUAUGUUGGUAAAACAACGUUA